AUGCCAGUGACCAUCAGAAGGGCGACGAUCGAGGACAUCCUUUGCAUGCAGAAUGCCAAUCUGCACAACCUACCGGAAAACUACAUGCUCAAGUACUACAUGUACCACGUGCUGUCGUGGCCGCAGGCGUCCAUCGUCGCGACCACCACAGACGACGUGUUUGACGAACUCGAGGAGGUCGUCGGCGAGGGCCACGUCCGCCCGGGCGUGAAGCGCGACCCCACCUACGUUGCCAACGGCGAAAAGCUGGUCGGCUACGUGCUGGUGAAGCUCAACGACGACCCCGCUGUGCCCAACGAGCAGCCGAACGGGCAUAUCACGUCGCUGAGCGUCAUGCGCACCUACCGGCGAAUGGGCCUCGCGGAGAAGCUGAUGCGCCAGGCGCUUUACGCGCUGCGCGAGGUCUACCAGGCCGAGUACGUCAUGCUGCAUGUGCGCCACUCGAACCGCGCAGCGCUGCAUCUCUACCGCGACACCCUUGCAUUCGACGUGCUCAAGGUUGAGCAGGGCUACUACCAGGACGGCGAGGACGCCUACUCCAUGCGCAAGGACCUGGUGCUGGCGGACCUCCUGCCCAGCCGCUUCCAGAGGGCAGACUGCGAGGACGACCUCGAGUCCGACCUCCUGGAGGACAUCCUCAACGAGGGGGUGGAUAGUAUACUGGUAUAG